GCUGCUCGGAUGAGGACAUUUACAGUAAAUCGCUAGCUGCAUUUAGCUAGAAAAAAGAUACAGAGAUAAAUGCGAAACACUCCAGGACAGCCGACGCCAACUCGUACACACAAUAGGACACUUUUGUUUGUGCGUCAACGCUCGGGCCCCCGUGGAGUUUGGACCGUGGACACUUUAUUUCCGAGAUGAAGGCGUUGUCUCUGCAGCAGGAUAAUGUGGCUCAAGGAGAGCAGCAGCAGGUCCCGUGUGGGAGAAGUCUGUCUGCCAGCUACGCUCCGUGUCUGGAAAAUAAGUUCUUGGCUCAGACCUCCACGUUGAUGCCUCAGCUCUUAAACCUUUCAGUACAACCUUCCUCUUGCCCCUCGCUCCAGCCCUCCAGCCUGUCUUCCACCACCUCCUCUCUUCUCUCCCCAUCUUUCCUCUCCUCUCCUCUGCUCAGCACAGAGAACAAGUUCCUCACUGACUAUUCCCCUGGUCUCUCUUUUUCCCUCGCCACCUCCACAUCCAUCCCAAAGGACUCGCUGCUCUUCACGACCCAGGCCAGCGGCGCUCUCCUCAGUCGCUUUGCUCAUCCGCCUUCGUUCCUCCACCGUGCUCCGGGCGGAGAACAAAAGGUGGAUGGUGGAGGCGAUGAAGGCAGUGAUGAAACAUCUGAAGAGAUGCUGUACUCUUCUGAAGAAAAAAGCAUGUAUUCUGAGGAAUAUGAUAGUUUGCUGGAAGAGGGAGAGGAGGAUGAAGAUGCUGGGAUAGACAUGGAAAUUCCUGCCCUGGAAACUGAGUUGGGCAACAAGGAAGUCGAACAAACUACGGCCAUCAAACAAGAGGAAUUUGCCGAGUUGGAUCCAGCAAAUGAAAAUAUUGCAGAGAAGCUGAAAGAUAAAAAGUAUCUGCUGCUGAACAUGGUGUGUUGCUCCCUGGUCAAUAAGAGCACAGCUCCAGGCCAGAAGGACUGGGACGCGGAGAAAAGUGUUUGGACCAAGAUCAGAACCGUGGCGAAGUACAUUUCUGUCUCUGAUCCACAGUUUCUUCUCAAGGUGGCGGUUUACACUCGGCAGGAGCUGAACAUCCGCAUCACGGCGAACUUUCUACUGGCCCUGGCCGCCAAUCUGCCCUCCACCAAGUCGCAUGUCCGCAGAUACUUCUGCGCUGCCGUGCAGCUGCCCUCUGAUUGGCUGGAAGUCGUCCGAAUCUACAGCACCUGCUUCAGCCGCUCCCUGCCCAUGUGCCUGAAGAAGGCAAUGGUGGACAAGUUCAAGCAGUUCAACGAGUAUCAGCUGGCCAAAUACAACACGCGCAAACACCGCUGUAAACACAACCGCAACAAGGGCAAAGCCAAGAAACCGACUGACGAGCAGAUGAAACUGUGGGCGAACUUGCUCCGAUCAGAUGAAACUAUUCUGAAAAAGUUUCUGCAGCAUGAGGGCAGCAAUGGGGUCGUGGAUAAAAAGCAGAGCGAAUUCAGUUUGAAGAAGAUGAUCAGGAAGCUUCACAUUAAAGAACCGGCUGAAUACGUGAUGGCCAUUCUGGGGAAGAAGUACCCCGCUGACCCGAAGACGUUCAACCGCAGUGGAAUAAAGGGCGCGUGGGACAGGGAGCGAGCCGGCCAGCGAAUGAAGCUCAAAACGCCGCAGACGUGGGACCGGCUGCUCAGCAUGGAGGGCAACAAAGCCGCCACCUGGGAGAAGCUCAUAGACAGCAAGUCUCUUCCCUUCAUGGCCAUGCUGAGGAACCUGAGGAACAUGAUCACGACGGGCAUCAGCGAGGCUCAUCACAACAAGAUCCUCAACCAGCUGACCAACAAGAAAGCGGUUAUUCAGAGCCGUCAGUUUCCCACCAGAUUCCUCGCCGCCUACAAAGUCAUCCUGGAGCUCAACGUUGUGGCCUCAGCAUCGGAGAAAGUGCUCCCUCCCGUUCAAGAGAUCCUGAAGGGCAUCCUGAGUAAGAUCCCCAAGAGCAAACGCUUCAAGACUCUGGAAUGGGAGACGACUCCGAGGAGCCGCCUCAGGGUGACACUCGGCGUGCCGUUCAUCUAUCGACUCUACCGAACCAAGAAGACCCAGCUCCUCAAAGCCAAUAAGAAAGACUUCACCGUCGCUCUGUUGGACCGCUAUCGCCACGCUCUGGAGACGGCGGUGCAGCUCUCCUGCCGCUACAACGUGCCUCCGCUGCCCGGACGCACCGUCAUCGUGCUCUCCUCGAGCAUGAGGGACGACAAAGACUUUACGCGUAAGCUGGACUUCUGCCUCCCGCCGGACCCCGAGAAGAAGAAGGAGGAGGAUGAGGAGGAGGAACCGCGCUUGAAGAAAAAGACGAAGAAAAACACAGAGGACAAAGGCUUCACUGCUUCUAUUCAAGAGGCGGCGGUUUUGCUCUCGCUGAUGCUCGCCAGCAGCGCCGAGGACAGUCAGCUGUGCAUCCAAGAUUGGCGUUACUGUGAGAAGGUGGAGCUGAAGUCGGACGUCCUGCUGGAUAACGUCAGAGGUGUGCUCAAGCAAUUGAAGGAAUUUUCAGAUAUGCCCUACGAGAAGAGGGACGACACCGCCUUGUCCACAAUGCUGAGCAACAGAAACAAGGUGGACAACAUCAUCGUGGUGACUGACCAUUAUCUCUGCGGCGACGUCGAGUGGACCAUCAACAUGUACAGGAAGGAAAUAAACGACGACGCCCUCGUGGUGCAAAUCUUCUUGGCCCAGAAAGAGACAGAGUUCGUCUCUGACAGGAACUGUGUGAAGCUCGCUGGCUUCAGUGACCAAAUGCUGAGGUUUGUGGCGGAGCGAGGAUCAUCCAGGCUGCUGGACCAUGUGGAGCAUUUAGACAAAGUGUACAAGGUCCCCCCGCCACCAGAGGGCGCUAAAGGCCCUCUGGCCACAAACAGUGUCGUCCCAAUACCAGCCAGCCCCAAAUCCAGGUGGCGAGGCGUACGCGUCUUCAUCUCCUCCACCUUCAGAGACAUGCAUUCUGAGCGCGACGUCUUGGUGCGCGCCGUGUUCCCGGAGCUCCGGCGCCGCGCCGCCUCGCACUGCCUCUACCUGCAGGAGGUGGAGCUGCGUUGGGGCGUGACGGAGGAGGAGUCGGCCCGGGCCGCCGAGCUGUGCCUGACGGAGGUGUGUCGCAGCCAGAUGAUGGUGGGGAUCCUGGGGGAGCGGUACGGCAUGGUGCCCCCUAAACCGGUCCUCCCUGACCUGCCGCAGCACAGCUGGCUGGCGUCGGCCCCAGCGGGCCUGUCCAUCACAGAGAUGGAGAUCCGUCAGUUCCAGGCUCUUUACCCCGAAAGCGCGCAGCAGCGCAUGUUCUGCUACUUCCGAGACCCAAUCAUCAACAAAUCAGUUCCGGUGGCUUGGAAAUCUGACUUUGUCUCUGAAUCAAAGGAGGCGGAGUCUAAAAUGGCGUCUCUGAAGAGACGGAUCCAGGCCAGUAAAGUCAAGGUCACUGAAAAUUACUCGUGUGAGUGGGGCGGCGUUGUGGAGGGGAAGCCACACCUGAAGCACCUGGAGGGCUUCGGCAAGGCCGUGCUGGAGGACCUGUGGACGGCUGUCGUCAGGCUGUUUGUGGAAGAGGAGGUCGAUGUCGAGGUUUUGUCCGACGUGACGGAGCAGGAGGUCCACCAGGAGGCGCUGCGGAGGCAGUUCUUCGGCCGGGCCAAGCUGCUGUCUGGGGCCGUGGAGAUAGCGGAGCAGGCCCAGAGCAAAGGAGGGCUGAUGGUGGUGGAGGGCGGAGCCGGAGAGGGGAAAACGGUCUUCAUGGCUGCUCUAGCAGACAGCCUCAGGACCGGAGCAAAGUCCAGGAAAAAACUCGCCUGCGAUGUCAUCUCCUACUCCACAGCUGCCAGCCAAUCGGCACACUCGGUGGAGAACCUGCUGCGAUUCCUCGUCCAAUGUCUGAGAGAGAUGAAAGGGACUCGGGUGGCAUCGCCCCUUCCCCGUUCUUACAAAGAUCUGCUGUUAGAAUUUCACUCCAACUUGAGUGGCGUGAAGAAGACAAAACCUCUGGUGCUGCUCAUUGAUGGGGUGGAUCUUCUCCAAGAUGGCAGAGGUCAGCUCAGCUGUGAUUGGAUCCCACAGGAGUUGCCACAGGGUGUUUGUUUGGUCGUGAGCAUCAUAUCCAAAGCGGCGCUGCUCCAAACCCUGGCCAAGAAGAAAAGCACCGUGCUGUUUGCCCUGGGACCGCUCACCAUGCCCGACCGGAAGGAGAUCGUUCAGAAGGGACUGGACUCCCUCGGGAAGAAACUCAGUGACUCUGCCUUCAACAACCAGCUCCAGACGCUGAUAAUGAAGAAGGGAGCAGUGAGUCCUCUCUACCUCCACCUGGCCUGUGAAGACCUGAGGAACUUUGCCACCUUUGAUAAGUUGAAGGAGAGCCUGCAGGGCUUGCCUCAGUCUCUGGGCCAGCUGGUGCAGCACAGCCUGGACCGACUGUGCUUCGAGUACAGAGGCCUGCCGGGACUCCGCUGGGCUCUGGCGGCACUCACCCUCAGCUCCACCGGCCUGAGGGAGAGAGACUUGUACUCUGUGCUGAACACAUGCAACGACUUAUCCUCGCGGGAUGGACGGUUCUCGUGGCAGGAAGUGCUGCUUCUGUUCAGGAAGCCCAAGGGACGCGUGCCCAUGGCAACUUUCACCCGGAUAGCGCAGAGUCUGCAAAGCCUGAUUGGUCCGUCUCAUUGCAACACCACUGACGACAUGCUGGCUCUCACCCAUCCGGAGGUGAGGAAGGCCUUCGAGGACUUUAUCCUCCCAUCAGAAAGCCACAGAACCAGAGCUCACCUCAUACUGGCAGCUCAUCUGUGGGCGCUGGCCGACCCGCAGGGCACGGACACCUUUCUUCACUGUGAGGCCAACUCGGUGAUGCACCUGCCCUCCAACCUGAUUCAAAGUGGCCAGCUGGAGAUGCUUCACUCUCUGCUCUCCAGCUACUACUUCCUGUAUGCGAACGUGCGCCACGGCCUCCUGCACCACCUCAAGGAGACCUACAGCUUGUACGACGACAAGAAUACGUCUGCACGCUCAUUCGGCAGUCGGGCUCGGCUGGAUGACUGCCGGAGCUUCCUGCGGCGGCACGGCCCCCUCCUCUCCUCCUGGCCGGCUCUGUUCAUUCAGGAGGCCCUGAACGAGCCCUCUGAGACCUCUGCUCACACCUGGGCGCAAGGCCUGAUGGGAAAGGGAGCGACCCGGGUGGUCGAGUGGCUAAACAAUGACAGCAGUCUCCAGGAAAGCAGCGAGCUGGUGUCGACCUUCUCCUCGUCACCGACCUGUUUGGUCGGGAGCUCGGAUGAAGAGCUGAUGGUGGUCGGCACCGGACAGGGGACACUUCAUUUCAUCAACACCCAGACCGGAGAGGAAGUGAAGUCGUUGGUGAGCAGCUGCGACGGCAUCUCGAGCUGCGUCUUCCUCAAGGACGGACGUCUCGCCACCACGUCCUUCGACGGGCGCAUAGAGAUCUGGGACGUCGCCAACGGCUGCAGGACUGCUCUGAUUGAGGGCCACACUAACGUGAUCACAGCCAGCGACAUCACUGCAGACGGGAAGCACCUCGCAACCGUGUCCUUGGAUUUCACGCUGAAAGUUUGGUCCUCGGCUAAAGUCAACGAGGUGGCCGCCCUUCUCAGCGACAGUCCUCUGAACUGCGUGACCUUUGACCCCGAGGGCCACCUGCUGGCUGCUGGUUGCUGGAAUGGGACCGUGAUUAUGUGGAACUGGCUCCAGAAUACCCCGCUAACUUCCCUGACCGGUCACCAGCACUCGGUGCGCAGUCUCUCCUUCUCUCCGUCCUCCUCCAUGCUCUGCUCCGGCUCUCUGUCCGGAGAGGUCAGGGUGUGGUCGGUGCCCACCUCCACCUGCGUGGGAUGUUUCCAGGCUCACUGCGGAGCCACGGAGGCCCUUACCUUCCUGGAUGGAGGGAGCAUGCUGCUGAGCGCCGGCUCCGAUCACACGCUCCAGCUCUGGUCAGGAGGACUCGGACGUUCAGUCACUACGUUUAAAAAUAGUCACUGCGACUACGAGCCUCCUCUGAAGAAAUGGAAGUCUGUGACGCCGGAGCCGGCUGCUCUGUGCGUGGCUGUGAAUGGAGAAUAUGCUGCUGUGGGUUACCACGGCGACGGCAUCAGGCUCUUCAGUCUCGACACGGGGAAGAAGGUCUGGGACUCCACGGACCUCGACGUGUCCAUCCUGAGCCUGAUGUGGGUCGUUCUGGACCCCGGGCAGACCGAACCCGCGAUGCUGCUGUCUGGAGGAAGUGACAAGCGUGUGAGGGUCUGGAAGAAAAAAGAUGAAGAGAAGGGACUGCUGGGAGGCCUGGAGAUGUGGGGGAUGUUCUGUGGGCAGUCGGGUGCCGUCCUGGCGAUGGCUCAAAACUCCACAUUGCUGGCUACAGCUUCAGAGGACUUCUCCAUCGCCCUGUGGUUGUUGAGCGAUCUGGCCGCCGAGGCCUGUAUUGACCCUCGUGCGCUUUUGAGGGCUCACAGUGGAGCGGUCACCUGCCUGGCCUUCAGCCCCGAUGGGGGGCGGCUGCUCUCCGGUGGGAAAGAUAAGGCCCUGAUGGUGUGGGAUGUGAGCUCCACCUCCUCCGCUGCCCUCUCCAAAUCGCUCCUUCACUCUCACAAGGACUGGAUCACCAGCUGUGUCUGGACUCCGGACUGCGUGAUCAGCUCCUCCAGCGACGGGAGGCUUUGUUUAUGGGAUGUGCCGACGGGCCGAUGCAUCGGAGAAAUCGCCUUGGGGAAUCCUCUGACAUCCAUCUGCUGCCUUGGCCGGUACGUGAUGGCCGGCUGCGCUGAGGGAACGCUGCAUGUUUGGAACUGGGAAACCAACGUAGAGAUCUGCCACAUUGCCGCGCACAAGAAGAGCAUCCACCACUGCUCACUGCUCCCCAGUACAGACCAGAACAAAGAAGUCAACCCAGAGGAAAUGACGGUGUUCACGGCUUCUGAAGACGGCACCGUGCAGCUCUGGAAACCACUGCAGGUGGAGCACCACGGCACCUUGCAGGGUCACAGCGGCGCCAUAUGUGGAGUUAUUUGCAAAGAAGGACUCCCAGAAUUCCUCACAGUUUCUAAAGACCGCUCGUUGAGACGCUGGACGUGGGCAACGGAGGGUUCUCCCAGCCUCAGAGGACCAGUCGGGGCUCUGUGCUUCUCUCACAGUGAUGCUUUGCUCCUCGCUGGAUAUGAAUCCGGUUUGCUGGAGAUAUGGCAGCAGCACGCCCUGGUCGGCCAGAAGCAGGCUUCAGACAGCUCCAUCACAGCCAUCUGCUCGAUGCCUGAUGACCAGUUUGCCGUCGCCUACACGAAGCUCACGGUGGACGUGUGGAAGCUGGUGUGGAACCAACAACGCAGCGCCGCAAGCCUGCUGAAGGUGACCACGUACUCGGUGAAAGAGAAGGUGGUCCGCCUCAACUUCUGCACGCUGCUGAUGGCCGUGUCCCACGCCGGGACAUUAUUUGACGUCACUAAAGACCUGGAAAAUAAUUGGCAGCACAGAGUUACGAAUUGGGAACGACGUUGCCACAUUUUGGGGAUGAUCCGCAACGACGAGAAAAGCAUGUGGCUCGUGGGCGAAGAAGACGGAAAAAUCCAAAUUGGCUUCAUUUUUGCUAUGGGACCCAAAAAUUCUUUCAACUCAGCUUUCAGCAUGAUAAACCUGAAAGAAGACGAAGACAAAGAGGACGACGAAGAGAAGGAGGACGAAGAGGACGACAAAGAGAAGGAGGACAAAGAGGAUGAUGAAGCGGAAGAGAAGGAGAAGGCGAGAUCGCUAACGGCUGGAACUGUGGACAAAGAGUUUGUGGUGUGCGGCGACGUGAAGGGCAACAUGUGGUUCAACAAGCCUCCGGAGAUUUCCUCGUGGAGCAGCAGGAAACCUGCUCACAGCGACAGGAUCAGUGCGCUGAAGCUCACCGACCGCAUCAUCGUCUCGGCCUCCCACGACCGGACGGUGAAGCUGUGGGACCGAAACACCAAGAAACAGGUGGGCAUGUUUGUGUGUGGAGGUCCUGUUCUGCAUUUGGAGGUGAACCCUGUGAACCCGACUGAACUGGUUUGUGGCGAUGGACUGGGAAAGCUCUACUUCCUCUCCUGGAAAGAGUAAUGCUCAAGAUACGAGGCACUAAAGUCAGCAUUUAGGAAGAAAUGCUUAAACGCUACGGUAAUUGUCAGUAAUGUUUUGCUUCCUCAAUGACAAUAAAUAUGCGAUUAUAAGCAUCUUUGUGAUGAUCACAAAGAUAUGUUAAAGUGUCUUUAAUUUCAAUCAGGGAAAUAACUUGCAAAUGUAACAAGCAGGUAUAUAAAGCCUUAAAAAUAUCAGUUAUAGUUUUGUGUGAGCUGAAUUAAGUAACGGUUUCUCUGUAAAGAAAUAAAAAAAUUGAACUCUG